AUGAAAAUAUCUCGACUAUACCAAGCAAUUAGAGCACUAAGACCGUGGAAUUAUUGUCGCACUAUGAGCUCACAACCACAGUUUUACGUCAAGAAAAUUGAAAGUGCUGCUAACAGCUCAUCGCUCAAGUUGAAUCAUACAUGUCUGCGGGUUAAGGAUGGAAAACGUAGUGUAGAGUUCUACGAAUCGAAAUUCGGUAUGAAACUGAUAGGCCAAAAGAAGUUUCCUGACAUGAAGUUUGACUUGUAUUUUUUGAGCUUUCCUAAGUCUGAUUUGAAGCAAAACAAAGAGGGAGACAUCGACGUUUUCCAAGAAUCUGGAAUUUUGGAGCUCACACACAACUAUGGCACGGAAAACGAUGCAGACUUCAAAGUGAACAACGGCAAUGAAGAACCAUAUCGUGGUUUUGGCCACGUUUGCUUUUCGGUUGCAAAUAUCGAGAAAACAUGCCAAGAACUUGAGGCUCGCGGCGUUGCGUUCCAAAAAAGACUUGCAGAUGGCCGUCAGAAAAGUAUCGCCUUUGCCUUGGACCCCGACGGAUACUGGAUUGAGCUUGUAUCGUACGACAGGCACGAGCAGGGAGAAAAACCUCAUCCUGAUGAAGGCCACAAGUUUAAUCACACUAUGAUUCGCGUCAAGGAUGCUAAGAGAUCGCUCGAAUUCUACCAAAACGUUCUUGGCAUGAAGCUGGUAGACAUUUCCAAGCACGAAAAUGCCAAGUUCACGUUGUACUUUUUGAGCUACGACGAAUCUUCGCCCAGAUGGACUCAAGAGGGAGUAUUGGAGCUUACUCACAACUGGGGCACCGAGAACGACCCGGAUUUCAAGUACCACACCGGAAACGAGAAGCCUCAAGGCUACGGCCACAUCUGUGUGAGUUGUGAAGAUCCAGGUGCACUUUGCCAAGAGAUCGAGGAACAGUAUGGAGAGCAAAUCCAAUGGGGAGUCAAGUUCAACCAGGGCAAGAUGAAGAAUUUGGCCUUUAUCAAGGACCCAGAUGGAUAUUCCAUCGAGGUUGUUCCCUACGGACUAUGUUGCUAA